CAGAGGGACUUUGUUCAAGUGCUGAUAUGGAGCAGAUCACAUCAGCAGGAAAGCCUGUGCAGAUCACUGUGAUAGAUGGAUAUGAAUUGAAAGGUUCUAAAGGAGAUACCCCAGUUACCUUUAUUCGUGCAGAAUUUAAUCAGGCAGUUCUGGGAGACUCAGCAAAAAUUACCGUUUCUUCAGAAGGAACUGCAAAAUACAACUUCACUAGCAGUUUUGAGUUCAAUCCUGAAGGAGGAAUCACUUUAGAUGACCUCGCACACAAACCUGUGUUCUUAACUAUGACUGAAGUUUUACCAAAGGAAAAGAAACAGAAAGAUGAGAAGACCUUAAUCCUUGGUCAAGCUGUGGUGGACCUUCUUCCUUUAGUGGAAGGAGAGAGUUCAUUUGAAACAAUCAUCCCACUGCACCCUGUUCCAGGCUCUCCCUUAGAGCCUCUUCAACCAGGUGUUAAGCAGUGCAGUCUUGAAGUUAAAGUAUCUGUGGCAGAGCCAUUAUUGACGGCAGCCCAGAUCUCAGGAGGAAAUCUACUAAAGGUCACAUUGGAGGCUGCCUACUCUGUGCCUGAAUCCUUCGUGCCAACAGGGCCUGUGCAGAACUACAUGGUUGGUCUGCAAGUUCCAUUAACUGGAGAGAAAGACUAUCCUAUUUUCUUCAAGAAUGGAACUCUGAAGCUUGGAGGGGAAAGAGAACCUACUCCCCGGCCCAAAAAAUGGCCUAUUGCCAACAUUCUGGCUCCAGGAGCUAAUAACAUUCCUGAUGCAUUCAUCAUUGGUGGGCCCUAUGAGGAAGAAGAUGGAGAACUCAACCACCCUGAGGACAGGGAAUUGAGGAUCCAAGCAGAGUGCAUAAAGAAAAGGAUUACUUGGGACUUGGAAAGUCGUUGCUAUCUUGAUCCUCCUGCAGUGGUCAGUUUUCAGAAGCGAAUUGCUGAUUGCCGACUGUGGCCUGUAGAGAUCACAAGAGUUCCUCUAGUUACUGCACCCAAAGGGAAAGCCGCCAAAUUUGAUAAGAUGGAUGAUGAAAAUGCGCUUUCAUUUCAUGGCGUGGCUUAUGUUAAUAUGGUCCCAUUGCUGUAUCCAGGUGUGAAGAGGAUUCGGGGAGCUUUUCAUGUUUACCCUUACCUAGACAGCACAGUCUAUGAAAAGACCAAAUGUUCAUUUAGCUUGUUCCGGGAUACUGGACAUAAUUUGCUUCAUAAUAACAAAGCAGGAGGAGUUAAUUCUCCAUUGUCCAAACCAGGUGUUGCUAAGAACCUGAAAGAAGAUAAAAUACAAGCAUCUAGUUUAAAAUCUCAGAGCUCAGAUACAGGUGUGGAAAUGGAAGCCCCUCCAAACCACAAUCCAGAAGGACAGCAAUAUGUAGAAGCAGGGACAUACAUCGUGUUGGAGGUUCAGCUGAACAAAGCCUUGGUUCCAAAGCGAUUGCCAGAGGAGCUGGCCAGACGGGUCAAGGAAAUGAUUCCUCCAAGGCCACCUCUUACCCGCAGGACAGGAGGAGCUCAGAAGGCGGUAAGUGACUACCACAUGCAGAUCAAGACCAUUUCUAGAGCCAUUCUGGAUGAGUAUCACAGCAUGUUUGGAAAACAGGUGGCCAAAGUGGAGGGUGAUAUAGAUAGUGAAACCCUGGAGGAGCAGAAAUGCCAGCUCAACUAUGAACUUAAUUGUUCUGGAAAAUACUUUGCUUUCAAAGAACAACUCAAGCAUGCCGUGGUAAAGAUUGUGAGAGAGAAGUACUUGAAAACAAUACCGUUUGAAAACCAAGAGGAACUGCAGACAUUCAUUAGUGAGCUCUAUGUGUUCCUGGUGGAUCAAAUGCAUGUGGCCUUAAACCAGAUCAUGCCAGAUGACAUCCAAGGUGCUGUCCCAACCAUUCAUAAGAGUAGCGAACAGCUUCGACUCUUUGCAUUUGAAGCAGAAGUCAAUGAGGACUUUGAAAUGGCAGCAGUAUAUUAUGAAGAGAGGUUGGUUCGUGAGCCCCAGAACCUGGAACACUGGCUGGACUAUGGUGCCUUCUGCCUCCUAACUGAGGACAACAUCAAAGCACAGGAGUGUUUUCGGAAAGCCCUUUCCCUCAACCAGAGUCAUAUCCACAGCUUGUUGCUGUGCGGUGUCCUGGCUGUCCUGAUGGAGAACUAUGAACAGGCAGAAAUUUUCUUUGAGGAUGCUACUUGCUUGGAACCAACCAGCGUUGUAGCCUGGACUUUACUUGGUUUAUACUAUGAAAUUCAAAACAAUGAUAUUCGAAUGGAAAUGGCAUUUCACGAGGCCUUCAAACAGCUUCAGGCACGAAUGCUCCAGGCACAAGUAACCAAGAGCACUGCCAACUUGGACGGUGCAACCAGAUUGUCCAUGCAGAAGAGCGCCGGUACUGUGGAGCAGCACGUUGAAGAGGGAGUGAAAGCAGAGUCCAGUUUAGGACCUUGGGGAAUCGCUAGUGGUUCUUCUACAAUAGCAGCCAAGGUGGAAUCCCAAGCAGGACCAGGAGCUCCGUUUUCUCUUCUAGAUGGAUUUCUUGAAGAAUCCUCCAAACUGCAGUCACAAACAGAACCAAUUUUGUCUGUACCACCUCAGGAUCCAGCAAUCAAUCAAAAAUCAUCCAACUUAUUUCCCAAGGAGACAUUAAAAAGAGAAGCAUCAAAAUGUCUGGAUUCAUCGAUGUUUCUGCAUCCUACCCAUUAUAGUGUUUCUCAAACUCCUACCACCAUCUUCAUGGAGACCAUACGCUUCUUGAUGAAGGUCAAUGCUGUGCAGUAUGUGCACAGAGUCCUUGCACAUGAGCUGUUAUGUCCUCAAGGAGGCCCCAGCUGUGAGUAUUACUUGGUGCUGGCUCAGACACACCUUCUCAAGAAGGAUUUUGUCAAGGUAGAGGAAUGCCUUCAACAAGCAGCCCAGAUGGACUACCUGAACCCUAACGUCUGGGGUCUGAAGGGCCAUCUCUAUUUUCUGAGAGGAGAUCAUGCUGAGGCCAAGGCAUGCUAUGAGAGAACCAUUAGUUUUGUAGUGGAUGCUUCUGAGAUGCACUUCAUCUUCCUGCGACUGGGGCACAUCUAUCUGGAAGAGAAAGAGUAUGGAAAGGCAAAGAAAACCUACCUGCAAGCCUGUAAGAGAUCACCUUCAUGCCUUACCUGGCUGGGACUGGGAAUUGCCUGUUAUCGGCUGGAGGAGAUCUCGGAAGCAGAGGAUGCUCUCUCUGAAGCCAAUGCAUUGAACAACAACAAUGCUGAAGUAUGGGCAUAUCUGGCCCUGGUCAGCCUGAAAGCUGGACGGCAACUGGAAGCUGAGCAAGCCUACAAGUACACGAUGAAGCUAAAAUUGAAAGACGAGGUUCUGAUGGCAGAGAUCCACAUGUUACAGGAGACUGUUGGCUUUGGAAAUCCAUCUUUCUGACAUCUGUCCAGCUAAAGAAUUUUCUGUAUGGGACUGUGAGCUUUU